AUGGCCAGGAAGCUCUCUUGGAGUUCACCGCUCUCAGUUGCCUCCUUACCUCAUGCUCCUAAAGGGAGAGUGCUGGGAGUCUUAUCUUCCUCUGUUUUCUUCUUGGCAGGUUAUUUAACCGUUACUAGUGAAUCUCUUCCUCCUGUCGUCAUUGGAGAUACAGUCACACUCAAGUGCAACUUCCAAACAGAUGGCAGCCUGAAAGAGAUUGUGUGGUUUCGGGAAAGCGAACAGAUUAUUGAAGGAGCCAGUACCAAGCAAAAGAUUUUCAGCUAUAAUACCAUGUACAACACUAGCUACUCCAACAUGGAGGACAACCGCAAACGGGAGGACCUAGUAUACCAGUCAACAGUGCGACUUCCAGAAGUUCACAUGGAGGAUGAUGGCUUGUAUGAGUGCCAUGUAGGGGUUUAUGACAGAAAUUCCAGAGACAAAGUUAUUCUAGCCUCUAGCAGUAUCACCCUCACUGUCAUAGUACCUCCAAAGUCUAUCUCUGUGGUGGUGGCCAACAGCCCAGCUCCAUUCAGCCGUUACGAGGCUCAAAACUUCACUCUGGUUUGCAUUGUUACAGGAGCAAAACCAGCUCCCAUGGUAUACUUCAAGAGAGAUGGUGAGCUUAUUGAUGUUGUGCCAACAGCCCAGUCUUUUUCUUCAGUAGGAGUUCAAAGUAAGAGCCCAGGUCACAAAAAGAGCUGGACUAUGAACCAGGCAGGGCUUUGGAGUACCCAGGUGUUGACCAGUCGAGAUGUUGAUGACACCAAACUCCAGAGGACCCUGCUGGAGCAAGAGGAGAAGCAGGCCAGGAUAGACCAUAAUGGACCUGUUGACUCUCAGGGCCAAGAAGAAGAGUCUGAACUGAAUCCUGAGGAAACCACUGAGAUUAUCCCUGAGACAAUAGUGAGCAGGGAAUUUCCCCGCUGGGUUCAGACUACUGACCCUCUCUAUUACUUCUAUCACCGGCAGCAGGCAGCAGGCGAUGGCACCAUGGAGGUUAGAGCCAUGCUAACCUGGAGCCUCAACCCCCAACUUGACAAUGAGGCUCUAUUCAGCUGUGAGGUCAACCACCCAGCUCUAUCCAUGCCCAUGCAAGCUGAGGUCACAUUGGCUGCUCCCAGAGGACCUAAGCUGUCCAUGAGUCCCAGUAAAGCCAAAGUGGGAGAUACAGUGCGGAUCACUGUCCAGGGCUUCCAGCUGGGACCGUCUGCAAGUGAAGUCUUCCCUGAGCCAAUGUUCACUUGGACCAAGGUUGGUGGGGAUCUGCUUGAUGGCAGAGCAGUCCAUAACGGAAGGGAACUCAUCCUGGAGAGAGUCCCUGCUGAGCUCAAUGGCUCCAUGUUUCGCUGCACAGCCCAGAAUCCUCUGGGCUCCACGGAUACCCACACCCGCCUGAUCGUGUUUGACAACCCAAGACUGAAGAGAGGAAAAGAACAUUACAUUGCCAUCAACACAGCAGUCGGUCGGCACUCCUUCACAUUAUCCACCAUUCUACUGCUGAGAUUCACCUGUGAGCUGACGUGACCCGAAGCUCUGCUCUGCUGCUAAACACACUACCCAACUUCCUGAGGCACCAUCAGUGACCCCUGAAAGUAGUUAAACCUCCAACCAGUCCUUCUGCUUGAGCACCUAGGAGGAAGGACUCCUUCUGAUUCUGCAUUAGACACAGAAUGAAGUUUCAGAGGCAAUUUACAUGUAAUCUUGGGAAUACUUGAGAUUUACCACUACCAUAGGGAUAAUAGUAGAUAGAUUGUAAGUUGGCCAGUCAGCAUUAUCAGCUGCCAGGAUUUUGAUUCAUAGCAUCACUCCGGCUGCCAGAUUUAUGUUAUAUAAACAAAAACCCACAACCCAGGCCAACUCAAAGACACAUCAAAUAUUGAUUAGUUAGGGCUAUUAUUCAAAAAGAUC